GAUGUUUCCACUUUAGCAUGUGGGCCAUAGAUAGGACUUYGUUGGAUUUGCAUAAAGCAGCCAAYAGCCUGCCUGUUUGGAYGCAGAAGAGAAAAACUUUUCAAACAACUUCAAGUGUCUGAUUUGGUUUGUGACUCCCGUCUUGGUGCCAUGAGAGAAAAAGCCUUCCCAAUGGACAUACCAGCAGAUACUCUUCACCGAUGAACAUUUGUGCCAUCAAUCCAUUCACCAGUCAUUCGGAAAUCAUCAACAUAAGAAACAUAUCUUUGACUUCUUGAACUGUGUUAAAAAUGGAGAACCUCAACGCUUCUGCAGCCACUUGGCACAUCCACAUGUCAGGAUAAGUGGAUUUUCAGAGAAGAAUCUUUUACCUUCAGAACGUCUUCUGCAAAAUAUGUUGGUGAAAAUGACAGACCCAAAGUUUAUGCUGAAGUCAGUGAACUGAGUAUCAACAAUCCACAUGAGCUCAUAAGUGAUUUAGCAGCAGCUGACAUCACCUGCAGAAACAAYAAAUUAUGAUGGCACUCAUCUAACAGCGCCACGCCAGCGUUGCCGUGGCUGGUCGUCACAGGACGGCCACUUCUGUCUGCCAUGACCCGGCUGAUGUUGGGCCGGACUCUGGAGCGCAUCUGCAAAGGCGUCCUGCUGCUCUGCCUGCUCCACUUCCUCAUCAUGAUGAUCCUGUACUUCGACGUCUACUCACAGCGGUUCGACCUUUUCAGCCGCUUCAACAACGGCAGAAACGGGUCCAGGAAUAACGGGAGCGGAACGGGCAGCGGACAUCAUUAUUACUACUACAACCUUUCGAGACCUAAUGCGACAUCAGCCACCUACCUGGCCGCUGCCGAGCAGCUGGUCCCGAGCUUGCAGCCUGAGAACAAUCAGACACCUUCUCCCAAACCGCUGCCACCAUGUCCGGAGAAUCCACCAGGCCUCGUGGGACGCUUGCUGAUAGAGUUCAGCUCCCAGAUGACAAUGGAAAGACUGCAGAAAGAAAACCCAAACGUCACAGAGGGAGGCCGAUACAAGCCGCCUGACUGCCGGCCGCGAUGGAAGGUUGCCAUCAUUAUCCCAUUCCGACACAGAGAAAAUCACCUGAAGUACUGGCUCCACUAUCUCCACCCGAUCCUCAGACGGCAGAAGAUUGACUACGGCAUCUACAUCAUCAACCAGGUAGGGCGCCAAGAGUCUGGAUGCUAACAUGCAAACCCAGUGAUUAGGAUGUGGCCUGUCUG